GGGCUCCGCAGGCCGAGUCUCCAGCGCUGCCGCCGCCAGAGUCAGACCGGGAGCCGGAGCGGGCUGAGCCGCUGAGGCAAGAUGGUGGACUAUAGCGUGUGGGACCACAUAGAGGUGUCUGACGAUGAGGACGAGACGCACCCCAACAUCGACACGGCCAGCCUCUUCCGCUGGCGGCACCAGGCCCGGGUGGAGCGCAUGGAGCAGUUCCAGAAGGAGAAGGAGGAGCUGGACAGGGGCUGCCGCGAGUGCCGGCGCAAGGUGGCCGAGUGCCAGCGGAAGCUGAAGGAGCUGGAGGUGGCCGAGGGCGAGGGCAGCAAGGUGGAGCUCGAGCGGCUGCAGGCCGAGGCGCAGCAGCUGCGGAAGGAGGAGCGGAGCUGGGAGCAGAAGCUAGAGGAGAUGCGCAAGAAGGAGAAGAACAUGCCCUGGAACGUGGACACUCUCAGCAAGGACGGCUUCAGCAAGAGCAUGGUCAAUACCAAGCCAGAGCCGGCGGAGGAGGAGUCGGAGGAGGUGAGGGAGCAGAAACACAAAACCUUCGUGGAGAAGUACGAGAAACAGAUCAAGCACUUUGGCAUGCUCCGCCGCUGGGAUGACAGCCAGAAGUACCUGUCGGACAAUGUCCACCUGGUGUGCGAGGAGACGGCCAACUACCUGGUCAUCUGGUGCAUUGACCUGGAGGUGGAGGAGAAAUGCGCGCUCAUGGAGCAGGUGGCGCACCAGACCAUCGUCAUGCAGUUCAUCCUGGAGCUCGCCAAGAGCCUGAAGGUGGAUCCCCGGGCCUGCUUCCGGCAGUUCUUCACUAAGAUCAAGACCGCCGACCGGCAGUACAUGGAGGGCUUCAACGAUGAACUUGAGGCCUUCAAGGAGCGCGUGCGGGGCCGCGCCAAGCUGCGCAUCGAGAAGGCCAUGAAGGAGUACGAGGAGGAGGAGCGCAAGAAGCGGCUAGGCCCCGGCGGCUUGGACCCCGUUGAAGUCUAUGAGUCUCUCCCUGAGGAACUCCAGAAAUGCUUUGACGUGAAGGAUGUGCAGAUGCUCCAAGAUGCCAUCAGCAAGAUGGACCCCACCGAUGCGAAGUACCACAUGCAGCGCUGCAUUGACUCCGGCCUCUGGGUCCCCAACUCCAAGUCCAGCGAGGCCAAGGAUGGGGAGGAGGCGGGCCCCGGGGACCCCUUGCUGGAAGCCAGCCCCAAGCCAGGCGACAAGAAGGAUGUCAGCGCCUAACUCGCCCCAGCUGCUGCCCACCUGCCUGCAGGCCCCUGUGUGCCCCUCUUCAGAAAACAGAAAUAGAUGCCGUCUCCCCAGCUCCUGGCUUCCUCCACUUUCGCGCUCCUGCCCAGCCUGGGGCCGGGAGAGGGCCUGUCCCCGCCCCCACUGCCCCCACCUCCAGUGCUCAUCCAAGUCUCUGCUUUGAGUCAAGGGGCUUCACUGCCUGCAGGACGCUACCCCUUCCCCCAUCAGCAUUAUGCCAAAGGCCUAGGGGUCCAGGGAGGGGCGGAGGUCGCUAGGCUGGUUCCUGGGGUGGGGGGGGUGGGGUCUCCAGCCCAGAGGCCUGCUCCAGUCACUAUGGGCUCUGUUUUCACUGUUCAUCUGCUGUCGGAGUCUUCUAUAUGGUAAACAGCAAUGAUCUUCCAAUAAAGGAUUUCAGAUGCUCA